AUGACAGCGGGCAAUCCACAAGAAGAAGAUGAGUUCUUUAAAUUAGCUUAUAAAACGGCUUCGUACGAUGUGCUAAGCAAAGCUUUCAGCGAUCAUCUUAAGCCUACAGUUUCUGGGUUUGCUGAGCGUCACAAGUUCUACUCUGCAGUUAAAGAUCAUCAUGAAACAGUAAACCAAUGGGCAGCACGAGUGCGAUCACUUUCUAUAAGCUGCGAGUUUGGAGUUGAGCUUAAUUCAGCUCUACGCGAUAAGUUCGUGAUGGGACUGCAGAAAGGAGCGGCAAAGGACAAGCUAUUUUUGGAGAGCGUGGAAAAGUUAACAUUCGACAAAGCCGUUGAAAUUGCUAAUGCGGUGGAGUGUGUCAAGCACCAGUACGAGCUUGACGUAAGCAUAAAACAAGAACCAAGUUCAUCUGACGGUAUUUAUCGAAUGGGGCAAACGAGGCAAAAGGGCAACAGUGGGCAGGUAACGGGCAAACAACAUCAUCAGCAGCAGCGUAGACAAAAGCAACAAGGUAACAACAGCUAUAUGGACACUUCUAGUAUAGAAUCAAAUGAACCUAUUAAAUUAAAAGUUUGCAUGAAUAGUAUUCCUAUGACGAUGGAAAUUGACACGGGUGCUUCUAUUUCUGCAAUCUCCUUAAAAACAUAUCGCGAUCAUUUUAAGUUGCAUGCGUUAGAAACAUCUAGUUUAGUAUUUAAUAAUUAUAAUGGCACAAAAAUUAAACCUAUUGGUGUUUGUGUAAUGGAUGUUUUAUACAAGAAUGUGUGUAAAAAGAUUAAAGUUGUUGUUGUUGAAAACGGUGGUCCACCAUUACUAGGCCGAAAUUUCUUAAAUGAAUUUGGUAUUAAAUUUGAAAAUUUAUAUUAUGUUGAGAAAAAUAUUUCUUCAGAAGUGCAUGCAAUAACUGAAAAUUUUAGUGAAUUAUUUGACGGAAAAUUAGGAAAAUUUAAUAAAAGUUUGAUUUCAUUACAUGUAAAAAGUGACUGCUGUCCAAAGUUUUUCAAGCCACGCCAAAUGCCAUUAGCUUUGAAAGAAAAGGUGGAGAGUGAAAUUGACAAGCUAGUAGAUCUGGGUGUAUUAGAACCUGUAAAUUUUAGUGAGUGGGGAACCCCGAUCGUUCCUAUUUUAAAAAAGUCAGGUGAGGUGCGGAUUUGCGGGGAUUUUAAAAUCACCGUCAAUCCUCAAUUAUUAAUUGAUAAAUAUCCUCUUCCAAGAAUCGAGGAAUUAUUCGCGCAACUGCAUGGUGGCGAAGAAUUCACAAAAUUAGAUUUGUCGAUGGCGUACCAGCAGUUGGUUCUGGACGAUGAGUCUAGAAAAUUAACAACGAUAUCCACAACAAAAGGGCUAUUUCGCUACACGCGCUUAGUUUAUGGUUUGGCAUCAGCUCCAGCGGUGUUUCAAAAAAUGAUGGAUAGUUUGUUAAUGGGCAUUAAAGGUGUGGUAGUGUUCCUUGAUGACAUAUUGAUAACAGCUCCAAAUAGGAAAUUGCAUAUAGAAAAGGUAAAGAAUGUUCUGAAAAUCUUGCAAGACGCAGGCCUUAAGUUAAAUAAAGAUAAAUGCACCUUCCUAGCUAAGUCAAUAAAUUAUUUAGGUCAUGUGAUAGACAAAUCGGGAUUAAAAACUUGUCCUAAUAAGAUUAAAACGAUUCAAGAGAUUCAAGAUCCCACUUGUUUAAAAGAAUUGCAAUCGUUUCUUGGUGUCAUAAAUUUUUAUAGAAAGUUUUUGCCUAAUGUAACUACACUUUGCGCACCAUUAUACGAUUUAUUAAAAAAGACCGCGAAAUUUGAGUGGACUGAGGUACAUUCUGAAGCCAUUAGCAAGAUAAAAAGAGAACUAAUUUCAAAGUCUGCCUUGGCUCAUUUUAAUCCAAUGUUGGUGAUAAAGCUUACGGUGGAUGCUAGUCCGAUUGGACUAGGCGCUGUGUUAUCUCAGGUAUAUGAAAAUGGUUUGGAGAGGCCAAUAGAGUUUGCGUCCCGAAAGCUGACUGAUACGGAACAAAAGUACUCGCAGUUAGAUAGGGAAGCCAUAGCUAUUCUUUUUGGGGUUAAAAGAUUCCACCAUUACUUGUAUGGCAGAGAAUUCACUUUAGUGACGGAUAAUAAGCCGCUUAUGCAUAUAUUUGGUUCCAAGAAAGGUAUACCACAGAUGGCAGCUAAUCGUUUGCAACGGAUUGCACUAGUUUUGACCGGAUAUACGUUUAAAAUUGAAUGUAUUAGAUCACAUGCAAAUGUUGCCGAUUAUUUCUCUCGAUUUCCAAACGAAGAAUCUGUCGGUAUGCAAGUAGACGACUCGAAUUUGUGUUACAUAAACUAUGUAAAAGAAAUAAGUAAUUUACCCAUCACUAUAGAAGAUGUUAAAAAAGAAUCUGAAAAGGAUUCCAUAGUAUCAAAAGUUAUACAGUACAUGCAAUCUGGUUGGGAACAUGACAAGGUCGACGUUUCUCUUAGACCAUUUUUUUUGAGACGACAUGAACUAAACAUUGAGUAUGGUUGUUUAUUUUGGGGUUACCGCAUUAUAAUUCCUGUAUCAUUGCAGGCAUCGGUUUUAGGUGAAUUACAUAAAACGCACAUGGGCAUAGGAAAAAUGAAAGCUAUGGCAAGAAGUUAUUGUUGGUGGCCAAAGCUUGAUGGUGAAUUGGAAGCUAUUGCUAAAUCUUGUGAACAAUGCCUGGCAACUAGAACUGAUCCCCCAAAAGGGAAGCUGAUUUGCUGGGAGUGGCCUGAAGAACCGUGGACUCGCGUUCACAUAGAUUUUUUGGGACCAAUUUUUAAGAGAUGGUUUUUAGUGGUAGUGGACAGCCAUAGCAAGUGGCCAGAAUGUUUAGACAUGGGCACUAAUACAACAAAAUCUCAUUUUGAUGAAGGAGAUGUACAUACUAAAUCGGACAAAGAUCCGGAAAAAGAAGAUGAAGCAGUCGGAUCAGUAAACAAUCAGCCAACACCGGUGCGUUCAAAGAAUGCAAGAUCGAUCGAGAACAUCGCCGAUGUUAAAGUUCAUGACAAUAGACAACGCCCUGUAUUCGCUGACUGGGCUUCGAGUCGUUUGAAGGAGGAUCCCAAUUUUGUCCGAAAAAUCAUCUGUGUCAACAAGCAAAACUGCCGUAUAUGGGACGUUACCAAACCACGCGAGGUUCACCAGGUGAUAAUUCAAUGA